AACGCAUGGAACAAUGAAUUGCUUUUUAGUAGAAUUGAUUAUAUUUUGUUUUGUCCCCUUAGCGGUUUCACUGGAGGUGAUGCUCCCGCCAGCUGUCAGUGCCACCUUUGGGGAAGAUGUCCUCCUUGGCUGCACGUUUUCAAGCGCUGUUGCAGUUGAUUUGAGAUACAUUGUCAUUGAGUGGAACCAUAGAGUGGGAAGUGAGGAAAAAACUGUUUGCUUGUUUGACUUUGGAGAAUAUGAAAGCUAUAGACCAGGAUCAAGUCUCUCUAUAAAUGAAAUAAGCAAAGCAAAUGCUUCUUUACUCCUAAAAAAUGUUACGAUUUACGACAUUGGGUCAUACUCCUGCACAGUGGCAGUAUUUUCCGACAAAGCCACAGGGAAAGUUACUCUGUCGGUAACAGCACCUCCUACAGUUUCAGUGAACACUGAAAACAUUGUAAUUGAACCUGGUGAAGACAAAGUAAUCAUUUGUGAGAUGAAAAACUUUUAUCCAAAAAAUCAUUCUAUCUCUUGGUUAAAAAGUGGCUCACAAGACAGUGAAAACCAACUUGAUGUUACAUCAAGAGCGGUUACAGGAUCACCUCAACAAAAUGAAGAUGGGACAUUUAAUCUGCUUUCGUUCCUUAUCAUCAAAGGCAUUCAAACAGAUGAUGGGGCUUCCUAUGUCUGCAAAGUUAUUCAUGAAGCUUUAAAGAUACCUCUACAAAAAGUUGUUAGUUUGACAAUCAAGGGAUCCAACCCAAGAAUAAGAUCAGGAACAUUGCUCACUUUUCUUCUAACCUUUAUGAUCACCAUGGUCGUUUGUUUUGGAACAUUUAUUUUUUGCAACAAUAAAGGAAAAGUUGCUCCAAAAGUGACAGACAUCAUCAAACCAAACUAUUUCCGUACAGAUGAUUCAGUCUCUCUGGCUUGUGCAGUUCUCUGGUUCAAGCCGAAAGCUGUCAAAGUCUCUUGGUACAGAGAAGAAGAGGGUAACUUCCAGAGAGUUCUCAUCAGCAAAUGGAACAGCACCUCGUCAUCUGUAAAACAAUUGGAAUACAGAAAACUCGGGGAUUAUUAUCAGAGUGAACAGGACAAAACAAUGUACUUCAUGGAAGGAGAACAUGACAUUGCUAUGUCUUUAGAAAAUCACAAAGGAAGUGGAGCAUACAGUUUAGUAUCUCAGCUCACCUUCAGAAAUACAGAAGCUACAAAAAGAAAGCUGAUAUAUUCUUUUGAAGUCCAGCAUGAUGCUCUGAAACACAGUAUUUCAAAAGUUAUUGCUUUAGAAACCAAAGGUGCUUGUGAGGAUCCUGGAUAUUUUCCAUCACAAUUGAAGCGUGCUGACUGGGCAAUUAAUGCUAUAGAAGAAGGUCGUCGAACAGUGGUAAAUUACAUCAGUCCAAAUAUACUGCCACUUUUAAACCUUUUAGUGAAUAAGAAAAUAAUAUCUGAAGAUGACCACAAUGCAAUAAAAGAUAAACCAGACGUUGAUAAAGGGCGAACUCUUCUCGACAUGCUGAGCCACAGAGGUCAGAAAUCAUGUGCUAAUUUUCUCAAUGUACUGCAAGACACAGAAGACUAUUAUCCUGGUUUAAAACAGUUUAUAACAACACUGCUGGAAUCCUACACUGACAAAGUUGACUUGCCAAGUAUUGAUUUUCUCCAUGAAAACUUACCAAUUGUUUCAUUUGAGGGAACCAAUGAAAAAAUCCAAAUAAGCAAUUUCCCUGAAGAAGUCUCUGAAAUUGUGGCCAUUCAUAAAGGAACAAUAAAAGCACAAAUGGAGAGAAUUAAACCAUACUUUGCAUUUGAUAACUCCAGACCUUUGCUACAAGAACAUUUCACCAGUUUAGUCAUUCUUAAUGUUCGAGAAAGGAAUAAAACAGAGCAUGAACUCCUACAACACAGGGAUUAUACAGCAUGUGAACGUAUUGAUUUAAGACAGCUCCUUUCCCCAUCUGCACCUGGGGAAAAACCACCACGAGUCUGUCUAGUGCAAGGAGUGGCAGGAAUAGGCAAAAGUGUUAUGAUGCAAAAAGUCGCUCAUAGUUGGGCCUGUGGAACACUUUAUUCUGGGUUUAAUAUACUGCUGAAUUUCAGUUUUCGGGAGUUGAACACAAUCAAGGAGAAAAUUAGUCUAACUGAGCUUAUUAUACGUAGUUACCCUCAUCUGAGAGCAGUGUGCACAAAGAUAUUAGAAUGGCCCAGUAGGAUUCUGUUUUUAUUUGAUGGAUUGGAUGAAUUCAAAUCCUCUCUUGAUUUUGGCAUUUAUUCACAAGUUGACAUCUCCAUUGCUCAACACAUGAACCAUUUGAUUGCAAGUAUCAUAAAGGGAGACCUUGUUCACAACGCAACCAUCCUUAUUACAUCCCGCCCAACCACAAUUGAUUUGGAUAACAAAGCAUAUUUUAAUCGUUGUGCUGAAAUUUUAGGAUUUUCCAAAAAUGAAAUUGCUGCAUAGUUUGUGAAGUGUCUCAAGGAUAAAAUGGCUGCUGAGCGUGUCUUUCAAAAGGUGAAGAGCAUUGAUUCCUUAUUUGGACUUUGCUAUGUUCCUGCAUUUUGUGACAUUCUGUGUUUCUACCUCCACAAGUCCUUUCACUGUAAAGGCAAGUGGUCUCAGCUGUCUUCCUUUCCCAGGACAAUCACAGAUUUGUUCCUCAGAUUUACCAAGUGUUUAUUGGUCUGUAACAAUGAUGAGGAAGAAGACCCUGAGUCCUUCUGCUUAGAAGAUGAUGAAGACAAAAAUGAGAUCAUUAAAUUAGCACAACUUGCAUGGGAUGGAGUCACCAAUAAAACAAUAAUAUUCUCAGCAAAAGAUGUUGAAAAGAAUAUCACUCAAAGCAAAAAUUCCUUCUGGAAAAAAAUUCUCACCAAAGAAAGCCUGAAGAUGAUGCAGUCUCACAUUUGGCAAUUUUUCCACUUGACGCACCAAGAGUUUUUCGCAGCACUGUAUUGCAUUUCUGCAAAUGAACCUGGAGUGAAUCAUGUUCAUAAAGCCUUCAGUUCAAAAAGUAGUGUGUUUGAGAUUGUACUGAGGUUCACUGCUGGCCUGGUGUCUCUCAGCAACAGAAAACUUGUGAAGCAAUUGGUACCUAAUUAUCAGGUUAAAGAUAGGGAAGUAUUUGAUGCUAUCAAAAAUGUUGCUGCAGUUGAAGUUCCUAAAGAAGACACGCUGACUCCAGAAAACAUUGUAAAGUACACAGCACACAAAAGACAAAAACUUACAGCCUCACAUUGUCUCUAUGAAGCAGCAAAUGAAAAUUUAACACAACAAGUUGCUUCCCAAACUAGUGAUACUGUAAACUUUUCUUACAUCUCAUUGAAUGUGACUGACUGCACUGCAAUUGCAAAUCUUCUGUCUUACCAUACAACAAUCGAAACACUAGAAUUAGAUGGAUGUAAAGCUGGACCUUUGGGUUUCCAAAGACUCGAGUCCGUUUUCCCAAGAGUCAAAACACUGAGUUUAGAGGGAAACAUGCUGGAAGAUGAAGGAGCAGAGAUCAUUGCAAAUGCACUCAGAAGUAAGAUGUGCAGAAUAGAAAUUUUAAGGUUGAAGCACAACUCCAUACAGGAAAAAGGAGCAGCUCAAAUAGCUGAUGCAUUGAAAACAAACAGGAGUCUGAAAACGUUGGGAUUAAGGGCAAAUUCUGUCCGAGGUAAAGGUGCCCGUUCGAUUGCUGAAGCCCUGGAGAUGAACACAACGUUGCGAGUUUUCGGCUUGCAAUUUAACAAAAUCGGGGAUGAAGGUGCAAUGUAUAUGGCAGAAGCAAUGAAAAAAAAUCGCAGCUUGGUUGAACUAAGACUCGGAGACAAUGGAAUCAGUGAGAAAGGCAGCGAUUAUUUUAGAAGUGCUUUAGAAGUGAAUGACACACUUGAAGAGUUGUGGAUUCUGGUGAAUGACAUCUCAAAUGAUGGAAAGGAAAGACUGAAAAAUGCCAAUCAUAAAAACCCAAAUGUUCGACUGAAUUAAUUUGGGAGAAUUAAACGCACAGGUUCAGGGACAAACUCUGCUCGACUGUUCCAGGAUCAGUGAGUUUACACCAUGGGAAGUUUUCCUGACUGUCUCCAGAAAAAAAAGAUGGCUAUCCAGAAAGCAGCAUUGACAAACUGGAAACCUUUGUUGACCUGGGGGAAAUUCCAUGAUAUGAUUCGUCUUUAAGAAAGUGCAAUCAAUUUUGAAAAUGAACUGUCUAAAACACAGUGGCUCAUAAAAGAGGACAUGUUUGUGUUGUUGAUGUCUUGGUUUGUUGGUGCCAGCUUAAGGUAUACAUCUGAAACUAUCCAUAGUAAACACCCAGCACAGACAGCACUCUUCAGUUGAAGUAUCUUGGGGUGAAAUGUAUGCUUUGUUUCUUACAUAUCUUUUUCUAAAUAAAGUAUGCUCUUUGGAUAUGACACAUUCCAUGCCUCAUCCCACUUUGGAGGAUGUUUAUGCGAAUUACGUAUUGCGGGGCUACACAAGCCUAUGGGCCAGACAAGUUUACUUCACUGAACAAGGUUAAUGAAUGCUAGUCUUACCAUAGCAAGGACAAUAUCUUCCAUUCUGUUAAAUGUUAUUGCUGCUAACAUGGGUUUAAAAGAAUAUGUAAUGUAUAAAUACUAUAUUUUUUAAAAUGUACAAUUUUACUUUGAUUUGAAGUAUUUGAUUAAAGUAUUUUGUUUUUUCUU